AAAGUCGCCGGCCGACCAAGGCGGGAACGCGGACGGCCUGUCGGGAGAGGAUCUUGUCCUGUGUGCCACCGGGAGCAGAUUGCACAGGCUCGGGGACGCGGCUGGAGGAGGCCAGUAGGUCUCCACACAUCUGGCGAAGACUCCAGAUGUGAGAAAGACGAAAGCAUGCCCCAUGGCUUAGAGCAACCCUUUCCUGGAAUUUCAUUCUGUGUUUUAUACCGACAAGUGGGAAGGAAGAAACCACAUGCUAAUUAACUGGCCAAGGGAAACGACAUUGAUAGUAUUUGCAUAACUUACCGAAUAGACUGCAAGAUCCCAUGGCUGGAAGUUAUGGCAUGAUGGGUGAUGACGGGUCUAUUGAUUACACCGUCCACGAAGCCUGGAACGAAGCCACCAAUGUGUACUUGAUAGUGAUCCUUGUUAGCUUUGGCCUCUUCAUGUAUGCCAAGAGGAAUAAAAGGAAAAUUAUGAGAAUAUUUAGUGUGCCACCUUCAGAAGAAACCUUGUCAGAACCCAAUUUUUACGACACAAUGAGCAAAAUUCGCUUAAGACAACAAGUGGAAAUGCAUUCUGUUUCAAGAAAGUAUGAGUAUCAACAGCCGCAAAGCCGAGCAGACAGUGUGCAGCUCUCUUUGGAAUGAAAGUUCAGACUGAGCAACGCAAGUGGUGGUGAAGCAGUGUGGCAGCACGCUCCUGCUCCCCUCUCCUCAAUCAGGACCGGCAUGCAGAGACCCUGUCAGACAAAGUCAUCCCGCUGCCCCGCCCCACCCCACCCCACCCCGCCUCGGCUUUCUCUUGUUGCUUCUAGGACUUGCUUCAUAAGCACAGAAACAUUUAGAAGGAAGAUGCCUUGUGACUAGAGAUGAGGGCUUUCCCUUUUGAGGAUGUUUGAUGUCUUCAGGACACAGCAGAAAAUACAAACGUGUCUUCGGAAACAAGAACCCUGGAGUUAAUGUCACUUUGAUUAGAAUAUUUUUUACAGAGUUGAAACAUGAAAUUCUCGCUCUUGAGGUGGUUUGCGCUUAGGUUGUGGCCUGUGAUGAUGAGUUUAACAUCAGUAACAGACUGAUUCAUGUUGCUCUCGCUAUGGUUACUGGCUCUGAGUCAGGGAUCUUUGCUUCACGACUUGUAUGGCACACCACUGAACUUGUAGUGGCUUCUCCAUCAUGAAGCAUGUCCCAUCUGCUGGUUGGGGAUGCUCUCUGUAACUGGAUCUGCCUCUCUUUGAUUGUAUUCCCCACACCUGUUAUUUUGUUCCUGAUCCCAUAUUUUCCUUGCCUCCAUAGGGCUCCUUGAGGCCAUAAGCCUUGAGCCUGUUAGACAAAGAGACAUCUUUGAGACCUUGAGCCUGUUAGACAAAGAGCCGUCUCUGUCUAGCUGUUGGUACUUAACUUCCCCAUGUUUCUCUGUCACUGUUGAAAGUUACUGUCUGGUGUCUUCUGCUUUAUAAAGCUUGGUUGAACACGCA